AUGGUGGACCUGAGUGAGGAUAUAUGGGAGCGCUACGUAGCGUUGAGCCACCUAUUGUUGGCGUGCUCCUUCGGUUACGUUAUGCUCCAAACAUCUGGCUUCUAUGAAAUGGUAGUUUUCUACUUGAGUAACAAGACAUGUGUCGCGGUUCUAUACAACUAUCUCUUCAUGCUUUUCUUUUUGGGCUGUCAGGGUACUGUCUACCUAUUCCUGGGUGUCCUUUCACAUAUGGAGAGUGAACAGCUACAAGAUAUGGCACGUAACUACAUCAUGGAUGCCAUACUAUUCCUUGUUCUAUCUAAACCGAGGCUGAAUGGACAAGAGAUAUCAGUUCUUACACUGGGCAAGUACCUCACGUUACUUGUGGCACUCAAGUGUUUCCAUGUUCUCAUAUAUGUACGCCUGUCCAGCAUGUUCCAGAUGGACAUCCCUAGCUACCUAUCACUAUUAAGGUUGUCUAGCUUCAUUUACGUCUUGUCCAUGGUGGAUUGUUACAUGAUUGCAAAGCUUUGGAAUGAUCUUACUUGGAAAAACACAUUUACUUUAUGGGUGAUGUUCGAGUUAUUUGGUAUGACAAUGGUGUGCAUAUUCUGUACGUUACGCUAUAUGGUCAAUAUGCUCGACUAUUUUUGUGAAAGUGGUUUGAAAAACAAAACCACAAUCUUUUUUUACCUCGAGCUAACUCAUGACCUUAUCAGCCUAUUCUGCUUUACACUAUUCAUGGCGGUCUUCUACAUCCAUAACCCUAACCAUAUGCCAGCCUAUAUGCUUAUCGACAUCCUACAGGUCGUGAAGAACCUCGUAGAUCGAGUCCAGAUGUUAAUGCAUUAUCGCAAGGUGGUGAAGUCGCUAGAAACGAGAUACCCUAAGCCCACAGAGACUGAAAAGGAGCGUGAUGGCACUUGCAUUAUCUGCAGGGAUGAUUUUGACGAUGAUUCAAGGAAAAUAGAUUGUGGUCACGUUUUUCAUCUAUCAUGUCUCAAGUCGUGGUUAUUCCAACAUUCGACAUGUCCUACCUGUCGCACACCUAUAGAGAGCAAUGAUAUCCAGGAUGGUGAUGACUUUGAGCCAUCCCGCAUCUUCUUAGAUUUCGAAAGGCGUAUGCGCCGUUCAUGGCGCCGUUUAUGGAGACGUACCGUCAAUGCUCUUGGCGGUACCAACGCUAAUAGACGUCCACAGAUCGAUAGCGAAUCUCUAAAACGUCUCGUCACCACUUAUGGGUCAUCAAUUACAGAGUCUAUUUUGGAAAAACUGAAGAACCGACGUGUCGUCUGUGAAUUUAGUGUGGACGUAAGCUCUGCUUCUGAAUCUAAAUAUGACAGUGAAGUGAGUGGUAAGGAAGACAACUUGGAGGAACCCGUUGUCAAUCAGCAAACUGAUGUUCCAACUUCUGUGGAAGAACCUAUUACUGAGUCACAAGACCUUACAAGAACAGAGUCUGUUGAUUCCGCUCCCGGAUUCGUUGAGAUAUCUGCUAAAAGUAUUUUGGAAUCGUUAGCUGUAGAAUAUCAAGGUGAAUCACCUGAUCCCCAAGGAGACGGUGAACCGGGAUCCGUUGAUGAUCAGGCAAAACCUAAACGUAGGGGUAGCAUGUUGCGCUCGUGGUUCCGUAAGAAGUUCUCCAGAUCUUCAGAUGACACUACCCGUCGUAGAAGAUCAUUCCGAUCACUCUUUUCUGAUUUUGGUAAAUCUAGCGUGGAUGGCGCCGCUACAGCGGAAGAGAUAAGUUCGGCUGAAUGGGGAUCACAAUCAGUUGGCUCUAGCGAGAAUAGAUGUUUUGUGAAAUCAUUGCUUAGCAAAGAAGUAGGUUCUGAUAAUACCGACGAAUUGAAACCUGAGACUACAUCCAUCAGUGUAGUGGAGAAGGCAUCCAACGAAAUCGCAGUGGAGGCCACAGUAGAGGUUACUGACAACGUGGAUACGUCUACAGUGGAUACCGGGACACCUGAUCCAGCUCCUGCAACAACUGAUGGUGUUUCUGAUGUGGCGGAUGGAAAUACAUCGCCUCAUGUUUUGAAAUUAUUGCUACCAUCGUGGUUGGGUGAAUGUUGCAAGGAUGGAAGUGAUCCCAACGUGAAAGCACGUUGUGGUAUGUUUAGGCUAGUUAAGAAGCUGAAAUACUUGAAGAACAAGUUGGCUACAUUGACUGCUGCGGAGCGCAACGCUCUUUUAGCUGCCCACUCUCCAAACGCCAUCAUUGUGGAAGAAGACCAUGGCGAUGGCACCGAUUCUGUCACUGCAGGUACCACUAGUCAGACCCAAACAACUCCAGCUCGUGAUCCUUCCGAAUCGAGUAGCAAUAGGCCUGCCUCAACUACACCAUCGCGUGAUGCCGGCCCUAGCACCCCUGUUGAGAGCAGUUCUGUAUCGCCACCUUCGGGCGACACUUUAUCCAGGAUUAGGAGUAUCAGGAUAGCGAAAUUAUCUAAAGACCCUGAAGAAAUAGAAUCUUCAACAACGGAUAGCCCUGCUGUGGAACCCACUCCUGAAAAGAAGGAAGCAGAAACUGUAGUUCGAGAGCCACCAAGGGGCCGUGUACGUACCGCUUCCGAAGGUACUACUCGUAGUGUGAAUUUUUCAAAUGUCAAUGACGGCAGUGGUCAACGUGUGGUAUCUGUUGGUUCUGGUUCUGAGGAGUUUACUGUAGUGGUAAAUUAUGUGACCCCUAGUGGUGAGGGUGAUGGUUCUGGUGGUUCAACGAGUUCUGGUACUCGUGGCAAUACUACAUCAAUGGACGCGGUUAACAAGUUGAUAACUGAGCUUCAGAAUUUGGAGGAACUGAACUGUGAUAUAUUGGUUCCAUCUGACGAGGAUUUGGACGAUGAGAUGUUAUCUGUGAUAUCAUCAAUUGAUCUUCCUGAGUACGUUCGUGAUUUUUUCUUGAGUUAUUGCAAGAUGGUCCGUCUGUGGUAUGUGGCUGCUAGCGGUUUAUCUCGAUCAGACGAGUUAUGUAGGAGCAUGUAUGAUUGUGCAAAUGACCGUCGUAUAUCGUCCAUGCGUAGCGAUCGUCAGCGUACGAUGUUGCAUGAUGUCUUUCUGAGUAUAAAAUGUUCUGUGGUAACUCAAGAUAAGCUUCGGGAUUUUCAUGACAAAUUGAUGAGACGUUCUGUAAACUACCAGGAUUUUCUUUGCCGGUUACACAGUUCCCCUCUACCUGUUGACUUAAUUGAGCACAUGGUAACUGCUGCUGCUUUGGUUGACUCUAUCAUCGAUUCUGAGUUUUCUAAGCUUGGUUUAUGA